CCCAAGAGAUGGAAGGCUCAUCAGGAAGUGAAGAGGAGGAAGAGGAAGAUAACAUUCAGGAGACAAACAGCACAGAAAAGGAUGAAGCUAGCAAUCGGCAAGAGAAAAGACAAACAGGCACAGACUCUGUGGUUCCAGACUACCUUUUAAAGAAGAUUAAAGUUGAACCAGGUACAGAGUCAGCGAAAGAAGGAGCUCAAGAACCCAAAAGUGUUAUGGAACUUUUGGAAUUACAAAUGCGAGCCCGGAUUAUCAAGACAAUGCUGGAAAAAGAUGAUGGUAAGAAGCUCACUGAGGAUGCCAUUGCAGCAGUUAUAGGAAACACUAAAUUGACAGACGACCUGAGGAAAGUCGGUGAAGAGAAAGUUAUAAAAGACAGUGAAAAGAAUACUGUGUCUAAAGAGAGGAAAGAAUCAGAGACCCAGCCAGAGAGAAGGAGCAGAAGCAGUAGUCGUAGAAGAGAACACAGGCCUGAUGGCAAAAGGAGCAGAGGUAGAAGUAACCCGGAUAAGAGAAAGAGAGACCGAAGUGGAAGUCGUAAUUAUGAAGAGGACAAAAGGAUUGCCAAACAAUCUCAGGAAUCAGAUGGACAAGUGAGGAAAAAGAAAAAGAUUUCUCGUAAGGAAUUUGAGGAGCGCAUGAAGCGAGCCAAGAAGAACAGGACAUACAGACAGCGGAAAGUUUCUGAGGAUGAAGACAAAUUAAAAGAUGUUGAGCAAGAUAAACCUGCAGAAGAACCAAAACCUAAAAAGAAAGGGAGUGUGGUUACAGACCAAAAUGGGGUAUCCAAGGAGGGAAAUAAACCAGCUGUUUCAAAGGAUGUGGCUGAUUCCAAUGAAGCUAUAACAAAAAGAGAAACAGAAGCACCUACUGAAGUUUCAGAAAAAGAAGAAGGUGAAUGGGACAGUAAUGAAGAAGAAGAGGGAGCAUGUACACCUAGUGAUGCUUCAGGUGCAAGUGAUUAUGAUUCAUCUCCAGGUGUCAGGAGGAGGAGUUACAGCAGGAGCUGGACCAGAAGCUACAGCAGAAGUCCAUCAAGAACCCGAGGCAGAAGGAAGAGGAGGAGGAGGAGGAGGAGUAGGAGUUAUAGCAGAAGUUAUAGUAGAAGCUACAGUAGAAGUAGAAGCAGAAGUAGUAGAAGUUACACCAGGAGUAGGAGUAGAUCUAGAAGCAUUGAUAAGAAGAGAGAUGGAGUAAGUAGUAAGAGAUUGAAUGAAGGGAGAAAUCGGGAACCUGGGAAAACAGUUAAUGAAGUUAAACCUUCAUUAAUUCAAAAACCUGUCAAAGAUGAAGAAGAAAACUGGGGCCAGAAGUGUGAUAUUGAAUUUGUUGAUUCUGAGGAAGAUUUUGAUGAGAUUGAGACAAACAAAAAGGGCUCAACACUAUUAAAGCAAUUGCCUUCAACUCAAAAAAGUAAUAUUAUUGAAAGAGCAAGCAUCAGCUUUUCUUUGCAAAAGAAACCUGGACCAAGCAUAAAACCGAAUGUUGACCUUGAUGAUCUGCCAUUGAAAAAUGCAAAGACUAGUGGUAAUAAUGGUUCUAACCAAUCAAAUGCAGAGCCUGUUAUUGAGGAUGUGAUGUUGCCUCAGGAAAGGAAGACAGAGGAGAUUGUAAUAAGUUCAGACAGUGAAGGUGAAGAAAAGACACAGUCAGCUGCUGCAAGAGGAGGAGAAUCAACCUCAUCACCCAAAGACAAAGCAUCAGUUGCUUUACCUAAUAAGUAUGACUAUACAAAUUUAUUGACAAAAAAAGGAUCCAAACCAGAUAUAUCAAAAAUAGAAGAAAAUAAAUCUGACAAAGUAAAUUCACGUGAGGUUGCAGAAAGAUCUCAGAAUUUGGAAAGUGAAUAUCAGAAGCAAAAUGUUCAAAUCACACCAGAGUCAAAUAAAGGCAAAGCAUUCAAAACCAAAAUGAGAGUUUUCUCUCAGAAUGAUCAUGAAACUGAUAAAGAUAAUAAUCAAGAUAACUUGAUGGAAGAUGUGAAAGGAAAAUCUGCAGAUCAAGAUGACCAAGAGCAGCAGGCAGAUGAGAUGAUCCAUGAAGAGAAAACAGCAGAACCAAUUUCUAAGUCUAAAAAUGAUAACAGUGAAAGCAGCAGUACAAAUGAUGACCAGAAAAAGGAAUUAACAGAUGAGCAUCAAGCUGAUAUUGCUGAGAAAGAGAAAUUAGGGAAUGUACAGGAUCAGGGUGAUUUAGUUGAACCAUUGCCAGAUAAUUUCAAAGAACAAGAAAGGAACAGUAACUCAGAUUCCCAAAAUGAACCAAAUGAGUUUGUCCAAAAUGAUGAGAACACAGAAAAUAGCAAGGGCAUUGGUGGUAAGGAAAAUGAAAGUUUAGAUGCAUUAGGAGAAAAGGCAUCUAAUGUAAGUGUAAAUGAUGAUUCCAGUCUAAAAAUAUCUGAAAAUAUGACAACAGGUACAGAAAACCGCAAACAGAAUCAAGUCAAGGCAACUAUGAAUGAUGAUGAAGCUCAAGAAAGACCAAAGGAACCUGUAGAAGAUAGAACUGAGAACUUCUAUAAAGGAGUAGAACAUUUAACAUUUACUGAUGAUAGCAAGGAUCAAGACCUUGAUGUUGAGGAAUUGAAGGGAGACGACCAUGCAGUUCAGCCCAUAAGGAUUGAAACAGGCCUGAUUCGUAAGCCAGUGCUUCGGCACCCAAAGAUAGAAAUGAAAGUACCUGAGAAAUCAUGGGGUAAGAAAGAGAAGAAGAAAAAGGAAAAGUCAAAGGAUGUGUUAGUUAUGGAGGGUAUAGGUUACUUGAAAACUACAUUAUCUGAAAAUUCAGCAAGUUGCUCAUCACAAGUAAAUUCUGAAGGAACAGUGAAUGUCUGUGAGGCUGAGAGUACAAGCAAAAUUGAAGAAGCACAGGCUGAAUCUGCAGCCUCAAUAAGUAAAUCAUCAGCUUGUGGAACACACACUGAACCAAAUUCACAAGACUCUCAAGAGACAUCUCUGUCUUCCCAGGAUGAUGUCAUAAGCUAUGAAGAGUAUGAACCAAAUAAUGAUUCCGAAGGCAGGAAGAAAGGAGGAAGUGAUACAGAGAUCAUAGGUGUUAUAGAAGCAAGCAAUGACCCUAGUAAUGAUCAAUUUGACUUAGACCUUGGAGGAUCCAGCUGGAGUAUGAGAUGGCUACAGAGUGAGAAAGUUCAAAAGGUGGUGACAAGCAGCAAGAUGUUGAGUCGAGUCAGAAAGAAGAUCCAAAAAAAGGACAAGGCUACUAAGGCAAGUGCCCCGGAAAAGGCUGAAGAUUCUCAAAAGAAGCUUCCAGAGCCUCAAGUUUCAGUGAUAGGAAGCAUUGAAGAGUACGAACGUUUGUUUGGUAUGAAGGUCACAAGAUCUUCAGAGGAGAGCAAGAGUGCCCCAGAGAAUGAAUCUGCUGAGGGUACAGAGCAGAUAAGUGAAUAUGUGGAGGAAAUCCCCACGACCUCCAAAAAGGUACCUGCAUUUGGAUCUGAUGAUGAGGGUGAAGACAGUGAAGAAGAGGCUUUGUGGUCCAAAAUUAUCGGAAAAUAAAUUAUUGGGACCAUCAGAAUUAUGAUUAAAAGGUCUUGUCAUAUAAAUUAAUAGUAAAGAACAUUAGAAUUAUGCUGUUAUAAUACAGUGCAUUCAUCAGUAACUUUUAUCACAUCUUCUCUUUGUUUUAUUUAUUUCAUGAUUAAAUGGAGAGAUAAUAUUUUCAUGAAAAAUAGCUUUCUUUACAUUGUAAAUUAAUUUUAGGCUUGUUUUUGGAUAAACUUUAACUCAGUGUUUGUGUGCAUGUAAGAUGGAUUUAUGAAUGCAGGACUACUUUUGCAUAUUUAUUCAUAUACAUAUGAAUUAGAGCUUUAUGUGUAUUUAUGUGCAUAUUUAUGUCAUUUUUUCAAUGGCAAUAAACUUAUUUAAUAGACGUUA